GGGUGUGUACACAUAAAUAUUAUUUAUAUUAAAUAUUAUUUUAAAGCUACUUAGAUGCCACCAAAGGCUAUAUUGACAUGUGGGCGCCAACGACACGCUCCGCCACCGUUGGCCAGGCAUCCCAAGCGCACAUGUCUCCUCUAGCGAUAUAGCUCAUUGCUCCAUCCAUUGCAGCAGCUUCAGUGGAUGAAGAUCUGACCCUGCUAUAUGGCCCUUAUCUAUGACUGACAGGAAUCCAACACAUCUGGUUUCCAGAGGAGGAAUUGAGGUGCCAUCCACAUUUGUUUUCCCAGGAAUGACAAUGAUGGAGGAAGCUGCCAUCAACAGUACUUCAAAAAACAUUAUUUAGUGGAGAAGAGGUCAAAAGAACGUGGUUGGUGUACUCGGGGGAGGAAAAUUAAUAGGCUUUUGUGUUUUUUCUGCAAACUGUUUUCCAAACAGAAACUUAGUUAAACAAACAAACCCUGGAUUUAAUGACUGGAAGCAUGCCAGUUAUUUGACCACCUCACAUGACAACAGCCCAGAUUAUAUCCACUGCAUGAAAACCUGAGAAUUAGCUGUAAGGAUAAAAAAGCUGAAGCUUAUCAAAAUGUUCCUAAGAUCAUCCAUGACUCAAGAUUGGUAGUUACAAGCAUAAACCACACCAUAGCUGAGAAACCAACAUAUGAGGAUUUGAUUGAUGACUUUGCUGCAUUAACGGGCACAUUUUUAGUUUCUAUUAAGAGAAGCAGAAGUUCCUAGUGUGUAAGCCAUGAGAAUUUUCAAUUCAAUUCAGUUUUAUUUAUAUAGCCCAAUUUACAACAACAGUCAUCUCAAUGGGCUUCAAGCUUUAAGUUGUACUAGUUGUAUAUGUUUUUUUAAUCUUAUAAUGGAGGUCAUUUGAAACCUCAAGCAAACAUGAGUGUUGUUAUCCUUGUAAGACUUGUUGUUCCGUUUAGUAUGUGUUUCAUAACAGUCCUAAGAUGUAGGAAUUUACAAGCCUCUAGUUUCAUUUUUAAUUGUUACAUUUGUGAACAAUAAAGGAAACCAUAAAAAUCAAUUGUACAUUUCUGGGCUGUAAUUGGGGGGUACAGAGAGGCGCUACUGGUCUGGCUCGCCCAUGUCGUAAUUUGUGCCAGAACCACCACUGGCCCGGGAAUUUUAAAUAGGCCCGGCGCUCGAAGGCAAAGACCAGAACCAGCAUCACAGGGACACGGACCCCACCAGGCUAAAACGUGAUGUGAUCCCCAGUUCAUGGCGUAGAGUCAGGGCUCCCUCUCCAAGGAAGACAGCACCCAAGUGACAUCGCCACCAGGGAUGGGAUAGGGCAUAGAAGAUCAGAGGGUCCACCUUCCUUGUAUAAUGUAGGUGUGUGUGAGUGCGGUAUAAAUUCAAUGAAUUUAAGACUACUUAAAUUAUUAGAAAGUAUAGCAAAUUGUAGGAAAAAAUAGCGAAAAUUAGUAAACAUUACAGCGAAUUUGAAAAAGUUGAUCACACCCACAAUGUGAGCGUCCAGCAGGUCAGCCACGGACUUCGCUGCUUUCUGUAAAAUAUCCUUGAGAUUGACUCACAAACAAACAAAAACAACAACAACAGUUUACUGGUCAAUAUUUAAAACUUCCCCAAUGUCUGUACCCUGUUUGUAGUUUUUUGUAUUUAUAUUCCCAAAAUCAUUAGAUUAAAAUCACAGAAAAGAUUUAUGCGAAGAUCACCUGGUUUUUCUUGUUUUUUUAAUACACGAAAAAAUUGCUGUUGUUUUUUUUUUCCGGUUGUUUUUUUUAUUUUUUUAUUGAAAGCAAUUGGCUUUUGUAGUUAUGGAAUAAGUGUAGCUUUUGAAGAUGCAAUGAAUGCUUUGUGUUUGCUUGUCUCUGUGGUGCUUUCAUAAAAGGAACAAAUAAAGAAACGAAUUCUAAUCACUUUGUGUAAAUAGAAUGACUGUGACGGCUCUAACAUUCCUUCAGCAGCCUUCCAGCGUUCUUCCCUCUGUAAUAUUUCAUAAGUUACGGACCCGUCCUGUCUGUUCCAUUUGUAAUUGGGCGGGGUCAAAUGAACAGACCAAUCAGGCGGGACCUAUACCGUUACCCUGGAAACAGCAUACAGGGCCGCGAGGCGGUGGGAGGCAUCGGUGGGAAGCGAGAGGGGCCAAGUGGCCCAGUCUGCUGGCUGAGACGCUGCUGUCGGUUAUUCCGCGUUAAAAAUUUAACGCUUGCUGCCUUCGGAAACGCCCCGCUCUUACUGUUGACAUGGCGGCUGCGGUGUCCGGCUAGGCGCCCCUCUAGCAGCUUAGCUCAUCAAGCUAAUCAGACCCGCGCGCGCUCGGUUUGGCAUACAGCAGAUACCGGCGGUUCUCGUCCACAACCGGCAUGGAGGUUAGCUGACGUCCGGCCUGGCUUGGGACGGCCUAGUCGACGGUGCUCUGCUCCCUGGCUCGCUGUCCCGGGACAACCCGUGCGAAGGCUCCAUCCCAGAGUCCGGAGAUGAGACGAGAAGCGUCCUGAAUCACGGAAACACGCGCCAACCAACCAGGAUGGAUGUGUGCGGCAGAAAUCCAAACCGCACAGCCCCUGUCAAUGAGGACACUCCACGCCGAGCUGAUGUUCCUCUUUGUUCCCGGACCAAUGGAUGGAGCUGGCCUCCACAUCCCUUCCAGCUGCUGGCCUGGCUGCUCUACCUGUACUUUGCCAUCACAGGCUUUGGUGUGUUCGUACCACUGUUGCCCUCACACUGGAUUCCUGCAGGCUACAUUUGUACCGGCAUCGUGUUUGCAGCCCACCUGUGUGUCCAUGUCAUGGCGGUGUCUGUCGACCCAGCUGACUACAAUGUGAGGAUGAAGAGCAGCCGAGGUCCGCUCCCUGCGUUUGACCGCUCCAAGCAUGCGCACGUCAUUGAGAACUGUCAUUGCUACCUCUGCCAGGUCGACGUGGGUCCAAAGUCAAAGCACUGCAGUUCUUGUAACAAGUGUGUGGCAAAUUUUGACCAUCACUGUCGCUGGCUUAACAACUGUGUGGGCAGCAGGAACUACAGGUUGUUUCUCCACAGCGUGGUCUCAGCUCUGUUAGGAGUUUGCCUUGUGCUGGUUUUUGCCUCAUACGUCUUUAUUGAGUUCUUUCUGGAUCCAUCCAAACUCCGAACAGACAAGCACUUCCUAGUGAGAAAUGAGACGGGUGUGUGGUUCGUCUUCCUGCCCGUGGCGCCCCUCAGGUCAGCAGCGGCAGUCAUUCCCGGCCUGGCGGCUGUUACGGUGUCACUGGCUCUGCUGUCCUUGGUGCUGCUCUGCCACCUCCUCUUCUUCCACAUCUACUUAAUGUGGAACAGACUUAGUACCUAUGAGUACAUUGUACGACAGCGCCACCGCCUGGAUAGCAGAGACUGCUCAAGGAAGCCGGCAACAGUGAAUGAAAAUACAGCUCCACCAGUCCUCAAGGAUGUGGACUACUCUGGUACUCUGGGUUACACCAACACUCAGCUGGACUUUGAGGAGCCCAUGGUCCUGGCAGUGCAGGGAGGCGCAGAGUUAUUACCCAACGGUAGAAUGCGGUGCAUGUCCAGCCCUGUGAUGGAGGAAGAGGUUCCGCCUCCUGUCUCUACAGAAGGGAAAAUAGCUGCACACACGCGCCAAAAUGCACGGCAGAAGAAGAAGAAGAGGGAGUGUCAAAUCCCAACAGAGGCCUCCAGGGAGCGCUGCCUGACGACUGUGCAGCUUCCAGAGUCCAGCAGUGGGUCCACCUCAUCUCAGGCUCAGCGUCUUCCUUUUCCAGCAUUCCCCCUGAGGGCCCCCCAUUCUCUGGCCCACACUCCAGGCUCUGUCCAGGCUGCUGCCCCUCCUGCUGAAUACCAUUCAGACUCUGCCGAGUCUCUGGAGGAGAUUCCUGUGGUCCUGGCCAAGCUAGGCUCCUCCUCCUCUGCUGCUGGAGACGCCUCCACAUCAUCACACCAGCCUGUUCCAGUGGUCCUGCUCCCUUCCCCCCACCCCAGGACCAAAAAGAGGGCUUUUUCCUCCCGACCAAAUCGGAGCUCAGCAGAGCUGAGGUUUCAGAUGGUCUCUACGCGGCCUCCCUCUGUGUUUGUCAGUCAGGCAAGUGGGAACCCAGCUGAUCCUCAGGGAGAGGAGCUUCAACCAACCAGGAGACAGAGUAGCUCCAGACUCCUCCCCAGAUCCCGGACGUCUCAGAGCUCAGCUUUGUGGACAGAGCAACCUUAGCGUUAAUAUACUCUUCUUAAAUCAACAAUCACCUGCACUGAGCCGUUCAGAUAGCCUAACACCUUUUUUUAUAGUCUCUGACUCACCUUUGGAAUUUUACAGCCUAAGUGAGUCUGACAGAGUAAACUGUGUGCAUGUUUGUGAAUCUCCUA